CCGUGGGUUACAUUGCUUGAUUACAAUUAUUGUUAUUAAGCUUCUUCAUUUCGAAAUUGGCGACGGUGAAUGUGAAUCGCUCAAUAAACGUUAUCCAUGGACGUUUUGUGAACUACAAAACAUGAUCCCUUUUAUCAAUUCCACAAGAGAAAAAUGACGCUCGCGGACGGAGUGACGUCAGGGAGGUGACGACAGUUGGCUUGUGACUGCGUGCACGAGAAGGCAGCGCGAGCAGACAGGAGUGCGCGUAGCAAGACCUCAGUUCUCUCAGCACGCGGGAGGAGCCGGGGAAGGAGUGUCUCCUGGACUGCGGCGGCGACGGCGGCGAUUUCGGCAGCAUGGAUCACGUCCUGGGGAUUAUUAUUUACGGAUACUAACAAAGGACCGCUUUGGAAAAAUGGCCGAGAGGCUGGAGUGGGUGGAGAUCAUUGAGCCGCGCACGCGGGAGCGCAUGUACGCCAACCUGCUGACGGGCGAGUGUGUGUGGGACCCGCCGGCCGGCGUGCGCAUCAAGCGCACGGGCGACAACCAGUGGUGGGAGCUGUACGACCCCAACACCUCGCGCUUCUACUACUACAACGCGGCCACGCAGCGCACCGUGUGGCACCGGCCGCACUCCUGCGACAUCAUCCCGCUGGCCAAGCUGCAGACGCUCAAGCAGCACGCCGACGCCGGCGCCACAUGCGUCUCCCGUCCCACCAGCGGAGGAGGAGGAGGAGGAGGUGGAGGUGGUGGCAGUGGAGGGGGGAGGACAUCCGGAGACAACAGCCCCGGGCGCAACAGCGGGGUGAGCCGCGAAGGCAGCACCUCCUCGUCCCUGGAUCAGGAGGCCGACAAGCAGGGCAGCCGCGUCGAUGAGCCGGAGAAGACGUCUCCCUUCCGAUGGAACACCGGCACCAAGGAGCGCAUGCUGAUCAAGGUGACGGACCGCGAGCCCAGCUUCCUGUCCCACCAGGGCAACGGCUACUCCCCCUGCGACCCCCCGCCUAACCCCAUCGACGCCCCCGCAGGCGGCGGAGGCUGCGGGACGGGCACCCGCACCCGCCGCUCCUCUGGCGGCGGCAACCCCCCGCCCAACGCCACCCCCUCCUCCGACCCGGACGCCGGCUCGCCCACGCCCUACGGCGAGCGGCGCCAGCAGUCGCCCUUCCUCAAGCGGGCGGAGAUGGGCGGCGGCGGCGGCGGCACCUACCGGCGGCCCUCGGGCUCCGACUCGCAGCCGGCGUCGCCGCGCUACGCCUACGACCCCCCGCUCUACGAGGAGCCCCCCUCCGACUACGGGACGCCGCCCAUCUACGAGGAGCCGCCCUCCGACAUCAUGCACCUGGCGUCGGACCCCGGCUCGGCCUUCUACGGCACGGCCACGGGCCGCUCGCCCGCCCGCAAGUCGCCGUCCCCGCUGUACCACUCGCCCAAGCAGGGCGCCUCGCCGUACGGCCAGCUGGUGCUGACCCGGCAGAAGUGUCCCGAGAAGAGCCAGAGCCUGGAGUACAGCGUGGAGUACAGCCCGGCGGGCAAGGAGUACGUCAAGCAGCUGGUGUACGUGGAGCAGUCCUCCUGCAGCCCCCGCUUCCGCACCGCCGACCGCCUGCUGCGCUACGGCACCACCGGGGGCGGCGGCGGCGGCGGCGGCGGCGGCGGCGCGGUCCCCGGGGGCUACAGCAGCUCCUCCUACGGGGGGUCCUACACGCUGCAGCACAGCCAGUCGCUCAUCCGGGACCCCCGGCUGCUGCUGGACUACGGCGGGGAGGGGGACGGCGGCCGGCUGCUCUACGAGGACUCCAUCUCCUGGUCGUCCUCGGCGCACAACCACUCCAUGACCACCUCCUCCUCCUCUUCCACGGGGGCCGGCGGAGGUGGAGGAGGAGGAGGAGGAGGUGGCGGGGGCCCCUUCUCGCCGGGCAGCAACCGCAAGCGCAAGAGCCGCAAGCCGUCGCUGCCCCAGGAGCUGGGGCGCUGCGGCGGGGAGGCGGAGCGCGGCACGGCGGGCACGCUGUCGGAGGCCAUGCUGGCCCAGGCGCGGCUGGCCUGGGAGGCGCAGCAGGUGCUGAAGCAGCGCAGCAGCUGGGACUCGGGCCCCGGGGCGGGGGGCUCGGCCGCCCUGGUGGCGCUGGGCGGCUGCAAGGGCGACGGCUACGAGAGCGACGGCGCGCUGCCGGGCCCGCUGCCUGGGCCGGUGGUGCGGGCGCUGAGCGAGGACGAGGCGCUGGCCCAGAGCGACGGCCACCUGCACCACCACCACCACCACUGGAAGCGCAGCACCUUCGACCGCCUCGGCUUCCCCCAGGCGCUGCUGGAGAAGAGCCUGUCAGUGCAGACCAGCCUGGCCUCCCCGGAGCCCUUCCUCCACCCCUCACAGUCUGAGGACCUCGGGGCGUGUGCCCAAUUUGAGGCCAGCCGAAACGCCCGCAACAUGAUGCCCAGUGCCAGCUGUGGCGUCUUCCCAGAGUUCACCCUGAGGAAGCCGUCCUCCGAGACGGACAUCGAGAACUGGGCCUCCAAGCACUUUAACAAACACACACAGGGUCUGUUCCGGAGGAAGGUGUCCAUCGCCAACAUGCUGGCGUGGAGCAGCGAGCCCAUCAAGAAGCCCAUGAUCGUCACGUCGGACCGCAACGUGAAGCGGGAGGCGGUGGACAUCUUCAAGCUCAUCCAGACCUUCAUGGGGGACCGGCGCUCCAAGACCGAGCCCCUCGUCGUGGCGCUGGAGGUGGUGGUGCGCGGCUGGAGCAGCCAGGGCCUGCGCGACGAGCUCUACAUCCAGCUGUGUCGCCAGACCACGGAGAACUUCCGCUACGACAGCCUGGAGCGGGGCUGGGAGCUCAUGGCCAUCUGCCUGGCCUUCUUCCCCCCCACGCCCCGCUUCCACGCCUACCUGGAGGGCUACAUCGCCCGCCACACAGACCCCCUUAACGACACCAAGGGAGUGGCCAUCAGCAGUUACGCCAAAUACUGCUACCGUAAACUCACCAAGGCUGCUCUAACCGGGGCCAAGAAGGGCGUGCAGAAGCCGUGUCUGGAGGAGAUCAAGCACGCGCAGAACGCCAUCUUCAGCCCCUCCAUGUUCGGCUCGUCGCUGGAGGAGGUGAUGGUGCUGCAGACGGAGCGCUACCCCGAGCGCCAGCUGCCCUGGGUGCAGACGCGGCUCUCCGAGGAGGUGCUGGGGCUCAACGGGGACCAGACGGAGGGCAUCUUCAGGGUGCCAGGGGACAUCGACGAGGUGAACGCCCUGAAGCUGCAGGUGGACCAGUGGAAGAUCCCCACGGGCUUGGAGGACCCCCACAUCCCCGCGUCUCUGCUGAAGCUGUGGUACCGGGAGCUGGAGGAGCCUCUGAUCCCUCAUGAGUUCUACGAGGACUGCAUUACGCACUACGACAACCCUGAGGCGGCGGUGAACGUGGUGCUGGGCCUGCCGCACAUCAACAAGCUGGUGCUCUGCUACCUCAUCCGCUUCCUACAGGUGUUCGCCCAGGCGGCCAACGUGUCCUACACCAAGAUGGACGUCAACAACCUGGCCAUGGUGAUGGCGCCCAACUGCCUGCGGUGCCAGUCGGACGACCCGCGCAUCAUCUUCGAGAACACGCGCAAGGAGAUGUCCUUCCUGCGCGUGCUCAUCCAGCGGCUGGACACCAGCUUCAUGGACGGGAUCCUAUAGCCCCCCCACCCCUCCUAUAGCCCCCCCUCAUCCAGCGGCUGGACACCAGCUUCAUGGACGGGAUCCUAUAGCCCCCCCCACCCUCACAGCCCCCCCCUGUGACCGACAGUGUACACGACAAACACUCAACCUGUGCUACCUGAUGACGGCCCCGCGCUAACGCUAACACCCCCCCCCCCACCUACCCCCCUAGUACAGGGACAUUGUGGUGCACCAUGCGUUAUGCGUGCACCAUUAAGUCAUGGGAUACACAGACCGGCACACACACACACACAUAUUGGCAGGGAUGUCACGAUUAGAAAAAAAGAAAAUAUAAAAAUAUAAAAACAUAAGCAACGCGCUCACAACAUCAAAUGUUAUGACCUGGGGGUAAAAAGAAACAUUUGCCUUUUGCCGAUUUGUUUGUAUUUUUUUCGAAAGCUCAAUAACCUCCACUAACCACCUUUUGAUUGCGCGCACACACACACACACACACAUCCGCGAGCGCCUGCAUGCCCCCUGGUCGCAUUAACACAUUCACAGAGACACAGACACACACACACAGCCGUCUGGACCACCAAACACACUGCCUUCUUCAACAAAACACCGGUGUGCUUUUGACCACAUUUUUUUUAACCCACCCAGGAAGAACACAAAAAAAAGAACUUCAAACCAGUGUGAACUGAACUGGGCUGAGACCAGAGCCAGGAGGAGAAGGGUGGGUGAUGUAUGGUGGGCUCAGGGGCGGGGGGGCCCGUGGCUCUGUAUCCCGAGGGCACCCAAGUAUGAAGGUGCCGAGGCAAUGUCCUGGCCCACACACACACACACACACACACACACACACACACACACACACACACACACACACACACACACACACACACACACACACACACACACACACACACACACACACACACACACACACACACACACACACACACACACACACACACACACACACACACACACACACACACACACACACACACACACACACCAGCUGGUUCUUGCUGAAGUUCAUGGUGGUCACGAUCUGUCCGGCUGCAGCGUCACACACUUCAUCUGGAAUGUUUUCUGAUUGCCUCUCACUGGCACACACACACUGACGCACACAGUCAAUACAACGAUUGAGGAGGGUCGGAGUACUGCAGAAGAAGCUAAGGAGAGGAGUAAACGAUGUCCACACACACAAUGGUAUUUACAUGGAUGAAGGAAUGGCUAUUAUAGGUAUUGAGUGAUUGACGUUGACCUCCCCCCCAGCCUUCAGUGUACCGGACCAUUGAUGCCCCCAACAACCGCUAAACCCCCCCCCCCCCCCAUUCCUCUAAAAGACUGAUUUACGAAUGUGUCCGUCCUGUGUGGUUUGUCCGUCCAGCUGUUUUAAAGAAGCCGUAUGUCCAUCCUAUUGUUUACACGACACAUCUGCCUCACAGCAGCCCGUCUUCGAUGGUCUUGAGUUGAAGGGUUUAUCGAGGGUGUUCCUUUGGUUUUUAACCUGAGCUCUACGAAAGUAAUUUAUUUUUAUUUAUUUUAUUUGUAUUUUAAUGCCUUUUUUGAAAGAUGUAUUAUUGCUCCUCUCCAUUUGUCACUUUCUAGUAAAAAGGUGUUUGUGUGGAUACUUUUUUUUUCUUAAAAAUGACAUGUUUAUACACAUGUUGAGGCGUGGCCCUUUUAAUGUACAUGUGGGUAUGUGAAUGUUGCGGCCUGUACAGAUGCACUGUUGUCAAUCUACUUAACGCAAAAGGGAUUAACUUUGUCAUUUAUUUUGAAUACGUUUCUGCGUUCAGUCACAGAAAACGCACACACAAACACGGAAGUUCAACUGAAAAAGAAAAACGAGUAUUUGACUGUAGUUCUUACAUCUUUCCCUCACACACAGAAUUCCUAUCCCCCUCACCACCACACAAAUAUACAUAUAUAAAUAUAUAUAUAUAUCAUGUACAUUAAACUGAUGUACAGACUGUGUAAAAAAGUAACUAGUAAAUAGGCCUACAAACUAUUGUGAAGCGUGAAACGCGUCAGUGGGACCACUGAGUUUCCUACGUCUGAAGGUGAGUUUGCAGCCAUUUUUAUCCUUCAUUCCGCCCUUUCAAAGUAAGAGCGUGAAGACCAUGCAGGGCUGCUGCCAACCAGCUGCAAAGCUACCAGAUGGUGUUUCUUUCUGUUUUGUCUCGUUUAACCCAUACCUCUAAACCUCAGCCCCUCGGCUGUCAUUUUUACCCUAACAGGUCUGCGGGAAGGGGAGGACGGUUUGAAGCUCUGCGCUGACACUUUUGUAACUAAACUUAAAUGUGACGUUUAUCACUUUACCCCUCCCCUCUCUAACCACCACUUUAAUCGUUCACAACUACAAUAGGCUCCGCCCCCUGUGUGUAAGGGUCUUUUUACAUAGCUAUGGUAUACUGCCAAUGGAAGGGGGGGGGGGGACAUUAUGACUUGACAAGGGAUGAACUGUUUAUUUGUGCCCCUGUGACCACUCACUUCUCAAGGAAGUGAUCUGUAAAACAGAAGACGUGUUGUGAAACAUACAUAAUGAUUGGAGUGUGACUUAAGUUGUGGGUUGGGGAUGUGUGUGUGCAUAUGUGAGUGAGUGUCCAUGCAAGAGAAGGUUUUAGAUAGAAUAGAACGUGUAGCAAUGUUGUGUAUUGAGCCGAUCCAGCAAAUGAACCAGUCAGCAUGCAGAAAAAAGUUCUGUUUCUUCACGCAUAAAAGGCAUACCAUUUUACACACUCAAAAUAGAUUUAAAAAGACAGUAUUGCUACAUUAAGCUUUAAAGUAAAUUCACUAUGAUUUUUUUGUUUGGAUGUCAAUGGUUCCGAGUCUGUUAUGACUUUUAAGAGGAUUCAUGUUCUAAAGACGAUGUUGCAAGGGAUGGGGAUCUGAAGCUACCAUGUUGCUCACUGCUGCUCUGCUUCGCGCCCAUCUGCUCGCUCGCCUUUGUCAAAAUGUUGGGUUUCUAAUGUCCACCUUCAUCAUCCACAUUCUUUUCAAGAGAGACGACUCUGGAAGUAAAAAUGGAUGUUUUAAAUAAAUGAUUCAAAUGUUCUUAACAAAAUAAGUUUUGCUUCUUAAUCUUUGUUGGAAAUAGAGCAGUUUGGGAUAAAUUGCAACCCCCCCCCCACACACACACACACCACCAUAUUGACAUGAGUCACAACCUAAUAAAAGGCACACUGCUGAGCUUCUACAAAGAGCUCAUCUCCUGACUCAUGAGUAGACUACACACUUCCUGGUUGUGCUUGAGUGGUCAAUUAACCAAUAGCGUAAUGAACUGCAGCACUUAUGUAGUAGGCAGUGAAGACAAGACUACGGACCGUGAAAUGGCAUCUUGUUUAUCAUGCCUGCAAUACACACACACCAAGCAAUCAUGAUUGUGAAGCCACAAUGUAAAUGCUUUAUUGAAUAUAUAAGUGCUUCUCAUUGGAUGUAGUAAAGAUGUGCUUAAAGAAUUUAUGGAUUGUACGUUUAUCAUGACCUACAGCCCCAUGCUUCUGUAGGGGAUUUCACCUCGGGCCAAUGGGCAGUGAGGUCGCUGCUAAGCCCAGAUCUUGGGGGUGGGGGCAGAGGGCAGGGUGUA